AAAAUAGAAAUUAAAAAAAAAUUAUAAUUUUAGCUUUUGGGACGUGCAUAUGAAUUCCCUUGCCAAUGCUUCAGUAUAAAAGAGAUCGCAACCCGAAAAAGAAGCUAGUUUAGGUUGCCUUGAGUUGAGUGCUGGCUGUUGACGGCGGUCCGGCCAAAUCCGCCGCCAGUUGAUAAUCGUAGUUGCAGAAGUGGCGGAGCAUUUUAUACUUUUUUGUUCGUUUCAACUAAGAGAGGCAUUUAAUUCACUGCAUUGAAACGAUUGAGCAUCGUACGGUUAGAGAUCCAUGCAUUGAAUCUGAAGCCAUGCUUCGGCGCUUCUUCUACUAAGCAUUGACUGGUAUGAUCUGGUUAUUUGUUUGUGAGUCUUUAGAAUGGCAUCAAAAUCAUUCAACCAAAGUAGAUCGUCACUCUCAAUAUCCUCAGAUGUGCAAGAUUCACAAAAUGGCAAGCCUCCACUACCUCCAACAGCGGUGACCUUUGAUCGGAGGACCUCCUCUGGGCGAUAUGUAAACUAUUCUAGGGAUGAUCUUGAUAGUGAACUUGGAAGUGGUGAAUUUCCAAACUAUACGGUACAUAUACCGCUGACCCCUGACAACCAGCCAAUGGAUUCCAUUGCCCAGAAGGUUGAGGAGCAGUAUGUAUCAAAUUCACUUUUUACAGGAGGAUUUAACAGUGUUACUCGAGCUCAUCUCAUGGAUAAGGUGAUUGAAUCAGAGGCAAACCAUCCCCAGAUGGCUGGUGCAAAAGGAUCCUCUUGUUCCAUACCUGGAUGUGACUCUAAAGUGAUGAGUGAUGAAAGGGGAAAUGAUAUCCUCCCUUGUGAAUGUGAUUUCAAAAUAUGUAGGGACUGUUACCUAGAUUCUGUUAAAACUGGUGAUGGAAUAUGUCCUGGGUGUAAGGAGUCGUAUAAGAUUACUGACUUGGAAGAAAUAGCAGAAAGUAGAAGGCCACUUCCACUCCCUGCCCCUGCUGGGAUGUCAAGAAUGGAGAGAAGAUUGUCCUUGAUGAAAUCAACAAAGUCGGUGCUAAUGAGGAGCCAGACUGCAGAGUUUGAUCACAACCGAUGGCUGUUUGAAACAAGAGGCACAUACGGCUAUGGCAAUGCUAUAUGGCCAAAGGAAUCGGGUUUUGCAAAUGGGAAAAGUGAUGAUAUUGCAGAACCUACUGAGCUAAUGAAUAAACCAUGGAGGCCUCUCACCCGCAAAUUGAAGAUUCCUGCUGCUAUCCUCAGUCCAUAUAGGCUUUUAAUUUUGGUUCGAAUGGUUGUUCUUGGGUUUUUCUUGACAUGGAGAGUCAGUCAUCCCAACAAUGAUGCAAUUUGGUUAUGGGGAAUGUCUGUGGUCUGUGAAAUAUGGUUCGCUUUCUCUUGGAUUCUUGAUAUACUACCCAAGCUUUGCCCUAUUAAUCGUGCUACUGACCUUAAUGUCUUGAAAGACAAGUUUGAAACACCUACACCUAACAAUCCUACUGGAAAAUCUGAUCUACCUGGUGUAGAUAUUUUUGUCUCUACUGCAGAUCCAGAGAAGGAACCCCCUCUUGUCACUGCAAACACUAUAUUGUCCAUUUUGGCUGCUGACUAUCCUGUAGAAAAGCUUGCUUGCUAUGUUUCAGAUGAUGGAGGGGCACUUUUAACUUUCGAAGCCAUGGCAGAAGCUGCAAGUUUUGCUAAUAUAUGGGUCCCAUUUUGCCGUAAACAUAACAUUGAACCAAGAAAUCCAGAAAGUUAUUUCAAUUUGAAAAGAGAUCCAUACAAGAACAAGGUGAAAAUGGACUUUGUAAAGGACCGCAGAAGGGUAAAGCGUGAAUACGAUGAGUUUAAGGUCCGCAUCAAUAGCUUGCCAGACUCUAUUAGACGUAGAUCUGAUGCUUAUCAUGCUAGGGAAGAGAUUAGAGAGAUGAAACAACAUAGGCAGCAAGCAGAAGAUGAACCUAUGGAGAACAUAAAGAUCCCAAAAGCUACAUGGAUGGCAGAUGGAACUCAUUGGCCUGGAACAUGGCUGGACUCUGCACCUGAGCACUCCAAAGGUGAUCAUGCUGGAAUAAUACAGGUGAUGUUGAAACCUCCAAGUGAGGACCCAUUGCAUGGCACUGCAGAUGAUGGAUUAAUUGACCUGACAGAUGUCGAUAUCCGUCUACCCAUGCUUGUUUAUGUUUCUCGUGAAAAGCGGCCUGGCUAUGAUCACAAUAAGAAAGCAGGAGCCAUGAAUGCCCUGGUCCGAGCUUCUGCAAUCAUGUCUAAUGGACCCUUCAUUCUUAACCUUGAUUGUGAUCAUUACAUUUACAACUCCCAGGCUAUGAGGGAAGGAAUGUGUUUCAUGAUGGACAGAGGUGGUGACCGCCUUUGCUAUGUUCAAUUUCCUCAGAGGUUUGAGGGUAUUGAUCCAUCAGAUCGAUAUGCCAAUAGGAACACAGUUUUUUUUGAUGGAAACAUGCGUGCCCUUGAUGGGCUGCAGGGCCCUGUCUACGUGGGUACUGGAUGCCUCUUCAGGCGAGUUGCACUUUAUGGCUUUGACCCUCCCAGGUCCAAAGAGCACCACUCUGGUUUCUGUAGUUGCUGUUUUGGGCGCAGCAAAAAGAAUGCCUCACUUUCCAACUCAGAAGAGCACCGAGCCCUGCGACGUGGUGAUUCUGAUGAUGAAGAAAUGAAUCUCUCAUUGGCUCCUAAAGCUUUCGGGAACUCAGCUGUUCUUAUUGAUUCAAUUCCUGUUGCAGAGUUUCAAGGUCGUCCUUUAGCAGAUCAUCCAGCUGUUAAGAAUGGAAGACCACCUGGUGCUUUGACCAUUCCACGCGAUCUUCUUGAUGCAUCUACUGUUGCAGAGGCAAUCAGUGUAAUCUCCUGCUGGUACGAGGAGAAGACUGAAUGGGGCCAGCGUGUUGGUUGGAUUUAUGGUUCAGUUACUGAAGAUGUUGUGACAGGAUAUAGGAUGCACAAUAGGGGGUGGAAGUCAGUUUAUUGUGUUACAAAACGUGAUGCCUUCCGAGGGACUGCGCCUAUCAAUCUCACUGAUAGGCUUCAUCAGGUUCUUCGCUGGGCUACUGGUUCUGUUGAAAUAUUCUUCUCCAGGAACAAUGCCCUUCUAGCCACCACAAAAAUGAAGUUACUACAGAGAAUUGCCUACCUCAAUGUUGGAAUCUACCCAUUUACAUCCAUAUUCCUAAUUGUCUAUUGCUUUCUUCCUGCACUUUCCCUUUUCUCCGGCCAAUUCAUUGUCCAAACCCUCAAUGUCACUUUCCUGGUCUACCUCUUGAUCAUCACGGUUACUCUCUGUAUGCUUGCGGUGCUUGAGGUCAAGUGGUCGGGCAUUGAGUUGGAGGAGUGGUGGAGAAAUGAGCAGUUUUGGUUGAUUGGAGGGACAAGUGCCCACUUGGCUGCUGUUCUUCAAGGGCUCCUGAAAGUCAUUGCUGGAAUCGAGAUUUCAUUUACUUUGACAUCAAAAUCAGCUGGUGAUGAUGAAGAUGAUGAGUUUGGUGACCUCUACAUUGUUAAAUGGUCAUCCCUCAUGAUUCCACCCAUCACAAUCAUGAUGGUCAACUUAAUAGCAAUAGCCGUUGGAUUCAGCCGGACCAUAUACAGUGUCAUACCACAAUGGAGCCGCUUACUAGGAGGUGUUUUCUUCAGCUUUUGGGUCCUGGCACAUCUUUAUCCUUUCGCAAAAGGGCUUAUGGGCAGACGAGGCAGGACACCAACCAUUGUCUUUGUGUGGUCGGGGCUUAUUGCUAUCACUAUAUCCCUUCUUUGGGUUGCAAUCAAUCCUCCAGAAGGCACAAACCAAAUCGGGGGCUCAUUCCAAUUCCCAUGAUCAGUCUUCCUUCAUCUCAAACGAGCCAAGCACUGUGGAAAACCAAAGCGGGUACGCCUCAAUUCCUUGUAAAACCAUACAGAGUAGUAGUGUUUGCAUAUUUAAUUAGCAAGACCAGCGUCCUACAUCCUGCUUGAUUACUUUUAGCGUGGUUGAUGCAGAGCUUUGCAAACUUUAUGUGAGGUGAAAGGGUAGACAAAUUCUCUCUUCUUGUAACAUCUUGGACAGGAAUUUAUAAUUUGUUCAUUAUUUAUUUGCAAUACCAGUUGUGGCUGAAUUUAAGACACAAUAUGGAAAUGAUUUUGUUAUUCCAGAGGAUGUGUUAUUGAAUUGAGUAUUCUUCCUUA